AUGACGAAACGGUCGUGGGUAUGCGUUUUGUUCGCGUGUCUGGCGAUCCACGGAGCGAGAUCCUCCUCCAACGUGUCCGAGAUCCCUGCGCAGGAUCUCCUCGCGAACGAACGAUCGAGGACCGUGUCGGACGCGGAGAGAAUUCUGGACAGGAACUGGACCACGCUGUCGGAGGCGUUGGAUAUUUUCAAUGUGCGCCAUCUUGCCAGCAAUUGGACAGACGGGGGAUGUCCCGGCGAGGGACGAUGUCCUGUCGAGGGACAAUGCGCCAAAGACGUGACCAGGUACAUCGAGGGACUGAAGAGGAACGAAGGAUGGGCUCUGAAAGCGGACGACGCCUCGGGCAGGUACGGCAACGGUUUCUACUGGGGGAACUCUUACUACGUCGGAUCGUCCACCGAGUGCGUUUACAUCAACGAGGAUUAUGGCAGGCGGACGAAGGAGACGCUUCGAGACGCCUCGAUGGAGGAGCUGGACGAAUUCAGCUCGGAACCGCGUCGAAGAAACACCGGUCUCAGCGAGAACGAUCUAUGGGCGGAGACGAGAUCGGCGAAACCGCCGUACAAAUUGGGAUUCUACAUGAUGACGAUCUCGAUAAACGUCUCUGUGCCACGCGCGACGAGAACGAUUUACCUUGGAGUGUGUCUGCCGUUUUCGUGUUCCGCCUCCGACGUGUCCAUGAUAACGAAGUUCGCCUCUGGUUCGCUCGCGGCGAAACACUCGUCGAUCGACACGGUUCGGGACCAGCACGACAUGUACAACAUGUACGAGGACCCAGUCUUCUGGAUUCUAUUCGGAGUGACCGCGGCGGUUUUCGUUUUGAUGGCUAUUGGGACCGGAUACGACGUCUACGUAACGAGAAAACACACGCGCAGGAACAUGAUUUACGAUCUGGAAAGGCACGCGAAGCUCGAGCAAUUGGCGGGCAGAAGUCAAAAGCCACUAAGCGCUUUUCAAGGUAAGGUCUACCUUCCUGUUCCAGCGGCUGAAGCAAUCAUCAACGGUCAAGCUCGAUCACUGGCGGUUAAUAACAACAACGAUCACGAAGGUAGCCUACGGUCGGCUAGUCCGGAAGUGCACAAAUUCAGCGUUGUCGAGGAAUUGUUGCUGUCUUUUUCGGUUCGUACCAACGUGAAGAUCAUCUGCGAUAGCAAGGUCGGUGGGGACACCAUCAGUACGAUUCACGGUCUGAGGGCGAUAUCGAUGACCUGGGUGAUACUGGGCCACACCUGUAUCACGGCGUUCAAGUACUCCGAUAAUAUGGAGUACCGGAAGGUCGUGGAGAGGAAGUUCCUCUUCCAGACGAUCUCGAACGGAGCGUUCAGCGUCGACACGUUCUUCUUCAUGGGCGGGCUGCUCGUCAGCUUCCUCUACUUCAGAACGAACGCGAAAGGGGACCUGAAGACGCUCACGCAGGGCACGCGGGGCUUCGCCUCCGGCAGCCUAAAGUUCAUCGGGCUGAUUCUCUACCGAUUUUUCAGGCUCACGGCCCCGUACAUGUUCGUGCUGGGCGUCGUUCAGAUCGCGAUGAAAUGGUUCCACUCGAACUCCGUGUUCGAGCCACCCACCGCCGAUCAUUACAACUGUCCCAAUUAUUGGUGGAGGAAUUUGCUUUAUAUCAAUACGUUGUUCCCGGUCGAGCAAAUGUGCAUGAUUUGGAGCUGGUACGUCGCCGAUGAUACUCAAUUUUACGUGGUCGGUGCCGUGAUAUUGAUACUGGCAACGAAUCAUUUCAAGAUCGCGACGUUCGCGUUGUGCACGUUGCUGCUCAGUUCCUGGCUAACGACUGGUUACAUCGCCCUGGCGAACAACCAUAUGCCAAGCUCCGACGAUCCAUUGGCGCUCUUCGAUAAAAUUUACGACAAACCGUGGACCAGGCUGGGCCCUUACCUCAUAGGCAUGUCGAUGGGAUACUUUCUCUUCAAAACCGAUUGCAAAGUGAAAAUGUCCAAGACGACGGUUUGCGUGGGCUGGCUUCUCUCUUCGGCGGGUCUUUUGAGUUUACUGUACGGCUUGUACGAAGCAGAGCUCAGCCCCAUAAUGGCGGCCACGUAUUCCUCGUUAAGUCACAGCAUCUGGGCCCUUGGAUUAUCGUGGAUCGUGAUUGCAUGUAGCACCGGCUACGGGGGAUACGUCAACAGUAUUCUGUCAGCACCAAUCCUGUAUCCGGUUAGCCGAAUAACGUAUUGCGCUUAUUUGAUACACCCGCUCGUGAUUCGAUUAACAGCAUUGAACUUGGACUCGCCGUUUCACUUAGGAAAAUACACUAUGAUGAUCACAUUCCUUGGACAACUGGUUCUAUCCUACUUGUUAUCGUUCGUCAUAUCGUUGUCCUUCGAGGCUCCAAUAGUGAGCAUGUUAAAGAUACUAUCUCCAAAAAAACGAAAACGCAUACAAUGAGGCAGUAACACAGCUGUUAAGCAGAACACACGUCUCGUCAAGUUAUUUAUAUACGUCUUU